AUGAUAAGCAAUCGGCUCAGGGACACCCGCAACACCAGAGGAGUUGCGACCGCCGUCACUUGCAGUCCGGUCAGUGAGAGCAACACAUGGCCUUGGCAAGUAGGCAAAGAAUACUCUUACAAUGUAGAAUCUUAUACUUGGACCAAUUAUGAGAAAAGCGACAGCUACGGAAAUUCUUUCAAAGCUCUAUUUAAUGUUCGUGUCCUGUCACCUGGCCGAUUGCUUGCUAAGCUAGAGAGCCCAAUGUUCGCACAAUUCCACGAUCAGGUCACAAGGGAAGAAUGGCCCACUGGGUUAGAUUACAAUCCUGUAGAAAAGUUUGAUCACCCAUUUGAAAUUUUCGUCGACGGAGGACGUGUCGUCUCUUUGAAACUUCCAGAAUCCCUCUCUGUGCCCAAUGAAAACUUGUUGAAAGGUCUAAUUGGUGCUUUGCAAGCAGAUUUGUCCACAUUUAAUUAUGUUGAUAAUUUUCCGAACAGCUAUGAUAAGGAAACCUUCCAAGGUUUAUUCAAGAAGAUGGAAAGUGAUGUCACAGGCGAUUGUGAGACACUAUACUCUGUAGCUUCUGUUUCUGCCGAUUGGCAUCGUGAAUUACCUGAAUUUGCUGAAGAUCCUAUAGAAAUCACUAAAAGCAAAAAUUACGGUUCUUGUGCAAAGUAUGUUGAUUUUAAUUUUGGUGUCCCUGAGGGUGCCGUGUGGAAGGGAAUGGCUCAUGAAAACGAGGAAAAACAAUUCAUCAAGCACACAACUGAAUCACGUUUGCUUGUUGGCAAGCAUGGCACGAUUUACAAAUCUGAGAGUUUUGACUCUGCUAUAGUUAACCCACUUCUGUUUGGAAAACAAAAGGCGCAAGUUCACAGUUAUAUCAGCUUUUAUCUUUUAUCACUUCAGCCAGAAAGUUCCAAGGAAUGGAUUAAAUCUGAGGAAUAUCGAACAGUUGACUCUUUGAUGUUUACGUAUGAUCCUAAAACUAUAAUACCACCCAAUGAAAAAUCUGUUGCUGAUGCACAGAAAUUACUUCAAGAAAUGGCUCCUUUACUUAAAGACCCAAGCGUUUUACCAAAGUCCGACUUCCUUUCAAAAUAUAAAAACUUAAUUCGCUUAAUAAUGUUUAUGAGUCCUGAGCAACUUGCUCAAAUGACCAAUAGCAUUGAAGUUGCAAAAUCAUCGAAAAACUUGGCUAAGAAUUAUAUGUGGAUAAUAUAUCGUGACGCUGUUGUCCAAGCAGGUACUUACACAGCUUUCCAAGAAAUUAAGAACUGGAUACAGUCUAAUAAGGUUCAAAAUGAUGAAGCCGCGGAUGUUAUUACUUCUGUGGCCAGUGUACUUCGUGUGCGCACCAAGAAAGUUAUGAGUGAAUUUUUCGAUUUAGCUAUGAGUCCCAACGUUCAGAAGCAAGACUAUUUUAAUACAACUGCACUCUUGGCAGUAACUAAGUUCAUGGCAUCGUGUGAAGACGACUCCUUCGUAGAAGAGAAAGUUAUUCCACGUCUAUCCGAAGAACUGAAAAAAGCUAUAGAAAUCGACGACAAAAAAAAAGCUCAGGUUUACGUAAAAGUUCUUGGUAAUUUAGCUCAUCCAGAAAUAUUAAAAGUGUUCGCUCCUUAUUUGGAGGGUCGGGUGCCAGUCACAAAAUACUUGAGAAUCCAAAUGGUCAUCAACCUUAAAAAUUUGGCCAACACUAAGAAUGAAUAUGUACGUGCUGUACUUUUUAGCCUAUUAAAGAAUACUGCUGAGCCUUACGAAGUAAGAGUUGCAGCUGCUCUAAAUAUUUUCCUUGCCUAUCCAAAUCAUGAAAUGAUGCAAAUAAUGGCACACAUGUCAGGUACUGAUCCAAGCACACAAGUUCGUGCAGUACUGGCAAACGGCAUUAUAUUUGCAGCUGGACUGAAAGAUCCUCGUUUUGCAAAACUCGCUAGGACUGCAAAAUCGGUCCUGUACAUGAUACCUAAAGAAAAGUUUGGCUACCGCUACUCAACUGAAAGUUUGGUCGACGAGUAUACGAGUGACGAUGUCGCAGCACACUUUAGAGAACUUUCAUAUAUUGGAAGUGAAAAUCAUAUUCUUCCCGUAUACCAAAGAGCUGGACUAAGAUUCGGAAGUACUGGUUGGACUGAAGAAGACUGGUUCACCUACUCUAUAUCGGAUAUGAAGCACUUAGUCGACUAUUUUAAAUGGUUAUACCUUCAUGUACCUGAAAAAAGUUAUGAAGAAAUGAAAUUCUCAAGUAAAAAGAUAGCUGAGUUACUGAACAUCAAGCCUAAGCAUCUCUGUUAUCUUGAGGGAUCCUUUUUCAUAAACAAUUUGAACCAGCAAACACUGUUACCUUUCACUCAGGAUGACCUGGACUCUCUACUGAAAGACCUUAUCGAAAAGGGAGGACAGCCAUCAAAUGAAAAUAGUAAACAUAUUAAUUUCACCAACCUCUUAAGGCAGAAACAGGUCUUCGUCACUUUCCCUUUAGCUACAGGCAUGCUUUUUGUAUACGACUACAGCGAACCAACUGUUGUUAAGAUGCAAAUGCAAUCGGAAACCAACAAAGAAAAUGUUUUAAAUUGGAAUUUUGAUCUGAAAUUAUUAUAUGCCAGAAAUAUGGAUGGUAGCGUUGGUUUCUUUGAUGCCUUUAGUAACUUAUACGUGAGUUCAGGUGUUAUUAACAAAUUUCAGUUUUAUAUUCCUUUGAAAGGGAGCCCAACAUUGGUAUUAGGCAACUUUCAAUUAGUCAGCUUUCAAUUAGGCUUGAAAAUGGAAAUGCCUGAUCAAAAUGUCAAUUUGAUCCACAUGAGUGUGUGGCCUUACAUCUCACGGUACGAACUUAACUCACCGGUGACUGCUUUGCAAAGUCCAGCAACCAAACUUAUCGAGGGCCCUAAGAAGGUUGUUUCUGCUCCGUUUAAAUUUGGUGAGACAACCGGUACCGUGUUUGAAUUUAAUGGAUUUUCGUAUUCAAAUGACUACAAGAAUCCUCUAAGUUUGUUCGAUGCUGAUUUCCUUACAAAUGUAAGAAACUUGCUGUACCAAAAAGACGUUGCCCAUACUGUAUUUGACUUAAAGUACCUUGCUAAAGAGUCACAGAACAAGGCAGUGAUGUUCAACAUAUUAUCUCGUGGUUCACAAUACAGUCUAGAAGGUACGAAUGAGGAAAUGCAACCAGCAAAGACCAUGGAAAAGAUCACCGUACCUGAACGUUAUGACGAAAUAUGUAGGCGAGCUGUUGAAGGCAUAGAAUCUACAGCCAAAGUUGAAUUAGUUGACGUUAGCGUAGAAUUUGAAGGAAAAAAGAAACGUGAAUAUAUAUUUACCAGUGCUAUUGCCAAAGGUUAUGCUGAAAACAAGAUUCAAGGUGCUUUGUUUAUAAAUGCUGAUGAACAAAUUAAUGCUGUAUUCAGGGUGGUCGAACCUCAAAUAGUUCCAUUGAACUUUGAGGAGGCUCUUAAGAAUAAAUUCAAAGUUAAAUACGAAGCUGACUUUAAAUUUGGCAAAGCUGACAAUAUUCACUUCAAAGGAUUUGAGGAGCGUAGUAAGAUUUACACUGAGCAGUUACGAAACGACCCCUUAGGAAAACAAUGCCUAGAAGAAACUAAGCGAGAAAAUAUCUACCUUAAGGAUUGCCACAAAAUGAUCAUUAAAGCUUACGCUCCUGAUUAUGCCAAAGGAACGUUUUCUUACAAGGAACUUCCCGCUGAUUGGAACAAAUGGAAUGUGACUUACAAUCUUUAUAAAUAUUUCAAAAACUUAUACAAGUGGGAUGAGCAAGUAGACCAGUUUAAGACAACCAACGACAACACAUUGGAAAUUGUCUCCCAAGCUUUCUACUACGACAACUUUAUCAACUAUCAGUUUGCUAGCAAGUAUGGAAUGGUUCAGUUGAACAAUGUGGAGAUUUUGCCAUAUUACCCUUACGCCGUAGCUAACUACGCGCCUCUUACUGCCUGGGAACGUUCUCGAAACUGGUUUACUGACUAUCAACACUUACCUUUCUGUACCGUGGAUGACAACAAAAUCAAGACAUUUAGCGGUCGUGAAUAUGAUUACAGCGUGACUAAUGCAUGGCACGUGGUUAUGGUGGAUAAGGCAAGAGAGUUCGACAAUGACGUUGUAAUUCUCAUUAGAAGAGAAUCAGCAAAUCAAGCAGUAGUUUAUGUCUCAUACAGGACUCUACUUGGACAAUCUUUGGAGAUUGAAAUCACACCAAAAACAAUAGAAGUUACAACAAACGCGACGCGUCUAGCUUCGAAUGGAGUCUCAACAUAUUGGGAUCCUGCAUUGAACGCUCCUCUGUUGGAAUACUACACCAUUGCCGAAGACAUUGAGUUCUUUAGCAUUAACAAUGGCCGACUCCGUUUCAUGUACGACAAUCAUCGCCUUAUUAUUUUCACCGAUGAUCACCGUAGCUCCACCUGGGGUCUUUGUGGACAGAGCACAUCACAAAUCAGCGAUGACUAUAUGACUCCUUAUGGUCUGGUCUAUUUGCCUAAUUACUACGGAGCGUCUUUCUCAUUAGAGGAAGAGUUCAGCGAUCCUUCUACCGUCGAGUUGAAGAAGGAAGCUAAAUUGAAGGCGUACCAGCCUGUCACGAAGUACACAAACAUUCUCCGCUCUGAUGACGAGUGGAGCAAGAUCAAGAAUGAGUCUGCUAAAGGAGCGAAAGUUUUUAAACAGAAGCUUUGA